CCAUCCAAGUACCUCUAAUUGUAUCUGACUCACUUGUUUGCCUCAAAUUGCUGGCUUGCUCUUCUCACAACACACUAUUUUGGCUACGCUUGUACUUUGCUCAGCAAUACAUGCAAGCUCCAUGCUUCGCACAUUCUCCUGUGUGUGCAGAUUUAUGCAUCUAAACACAGAGUAGAUUCAGCUGUAUACAGAUGUGCAGAGUGCAAGUGCUCACAACCUCAGUGGGAGGUUGGUUGGCUGCUGUUAAGAACUGGCACGAGCUGCUAAUAGCGACGUUUUUGACAGGAUAUCCUGGUUGCAGCAGUUUAGUGACACAAACCCUCCCAGUUUAGUGAGGACCGGAGUGGUUUUGUUACACAAACUUGCUGAAAGGGACGCCACCUGAAGCCCUCAGCGCUCUGUUGAAAUGCUCGUCAGUCCAAAGUUUUGAUGGAUUCCAAACUAAAUUCACAAAAAGAACAAGAUAACUUCAUUUGGUGGUUUGGAUGAGCUACCUCCAGUAGUACUGACAGAGGUGUGAGGCAGUGAGACCCACACCAUCCAUCACGGCCCUCUCCACCUCACCCCAGCCCAGCCCAGCACAGCCAUGCCACCCCCGGCAGACAUUGUCAAAGUGGCCAUUGAGUGGCCGACGGCCUUCCCCAAGCUCAUGGAGAUAGACCAGAAAAAGCCUCUCUCAGCCAUCAUUAAAGAAGUGUGUGAGGGAUGGUCCUUGGGGAACCAUGAAAACUUCGCUCUGCAGAUUGCUGACUCAACAAAUUUCUACAUCACAGAAAAGAAUCGCAACGACAUUAAGAACGGCUCGAUCCUGCGCUUGACCACCUCUCCUUACCAGACUGCAGUCCAUCUUCAUGACCGGAUCCAGUCGUCCAGUAUGGAUGCCAAGCUGGAGGCUCUGAAGGACCUUGCCAAUGCAUCGCGGGACAUCACUUUCGCCCAAGAGUUCAUCAACCUGGACGGCAUCUCUCUGCUCACUCAGAUGGUGGAGAGUGGGACUGAGCGCUAUCAGAAACUACAGAAGAUAAUGAAGCCCUGUUUUGGCGACCUGCUGUCCUUCACUCUGACAGCCUUCGUGGAGCUGAUGGACCACGGCAUCGUUUCCUGGGACACUUUCUCUGUGGCCUUCAUCAAGAAGAUUGCCAGUUAUGUGAACAAGUCGGCUAUGGACACAGCAGUGCUGCAGCGGUCCCUGGCCAUCCUGGAGUCCAUGGUGCUCAACAGCCAGGAUCUUUACCACAAGGUGGCGCAAGAGAUCACCAUUGGACAGCUCAUCCCACAUCUUCAGGGGACUGAUCAGGACAUUCAGACCUACACUAUUGCUGUCAUCAAUGCUCUUUUCCUCAAAGCUCCCGAGGAGAAGAGACAGGAGAUGGCCCAUAUUCUUGCCCAGAAACAGCUGCGCUCCAUCAUACUCAGUAAUGUGAUCCGGAGCCCCACACCCAUCAACGAUGAGAUGGCCCACCAGCUGUACGUGCUGCAGGUGCUCACCUUCAACCUGCUGGAGGACCGCAUGAUGACCAAGAUGGAUCCCCAGGACCAGGCUCAGAGGGACAUCAUCUUUGAGCUGCGGAGAAUUGCCUUCGACGUUGAGUGUGAGCCCAGCAACAGUGGCAGCAUCGAGAAACGCAAGUCCAUGUACACCCGCGACUACAAGAAGCUCGGCUUUAUUAACCAUGUGAAUCCAGCUGUGGAUUUCACCCAGAUUCCUCCGGGCAUGUUGGCUCUGGAUAACAUGUUGUAUUUUGCAAGGCACCACCAGGACGCCUACAUCAGGAUCGUCUUGGAGAACAGCAGUCGGGAAGACAAGCACGAGUGUCCGUUUGGUCGCAGCAGCAUCGAGCUGACCAAGAUGCUCUGUGAGAUUCUGAAAGUGGGCGAGCUCCCCAGUGAAAACUGCCAUGACUUCCACCCCAUGUUCUUCACCCACGACCGCUCCUUUGAGGAAUUCUUCUGCCACUGCAUCCAGCUGCUCAACAAAACCUGGAAGGAGAUGAGAGCCACGAGUGAAGACUUCAACAAGGUAAUGCAGGUGGUGAGGGAGCAGAUCAUGCGAGCGCUGACUCUCAAGCCUAAUUCGCUGGACCAGUUCAAGAGUCGCCUGCAGAACCUGAGCUACACAGAGAUCCUGAAAAUACGCCAGUCCGAAAGGAUGAAUCAGGAAGAUUUCCAGUCCCGCCCCAUUCUGGAGCUGAGAGAGAAGAUCCAGCCUGAGAUCAUGGAGUUGAUCAAACAGCAGAGGCUCAACAGGUUGUGUGAGGGAACCUGCUUCAGGAAAAUCAGUAGUCGCAGGAGGCAAGACAAGUUUUGGUAUUGUCGUCUGUCUCCAAACCAUAAAGUCCUGCACUAUGGAGAUUUGGAAGAGAGCCCUCAGGGUGAAGUGCCCCACGACUCUUUGCAGGACAAACUGCCUGUGGCAGACAUCAAAGCUGUUAUCACCGGCAAAGACUGUCCUCACAUGAAGGAGAAGGGAGCCCUAAAGCAAAACAAGGAGGUGUUAGAGCUGGCCUUCUCUGUCCUCUAUGAGUCUGACGAGUAUCUAAACUUUAUUGCUCCCGACAAGCAUGAGUACUGCGUGUGGACCGAUGGUCUAAACGCCCUCCUAGGCAAGGAGAUGACCAGUGAUUACACCAAAUCUGACAUGGACACCCUCCUCUCCAUGGAGAUGAAGCUCCGCCUCUUGGAUCUAGAGAACAUCCAGAUUCCAGAGGCCCCGCCCCCAAUUCCCAAAGAACCCAGCAACUACGACUUUGUUUAUGACUGUAAUUAGACAAACAACCCCAUGAGCCCCGAUCCACCCAGCACCUACUGUACUCACUGGACCAAUCCCAUUUUUCUUACAAACUGGAACAAAAACAAAUAAAACCAUAUAAUAUAAAAAAUUAACUGUGAUUGAAAGAAAAAAAGGAUUUAUUGAACUGUUUUCCUCUUGCUUCUUGCUAGACCUUUAUGAGAGGGAGAACGGUGCAUAUUAAUAGGCUCACUGCACUUGAGGGACUCGGGGUCGACGCGGGGUCAUGAGGUUGACAUGGAGAAGAGAAACCAGGAAGUCCUUGUUUGGCCUGUAGUUUGGUUCUCCUGCGUCUUCUUCCUCACUUUCUUCCUGUGUCUGAUGUUUUGAAACUGAUCCCUCUUCUCGACUGAGGCGCCCGCUGUCAUUUUGCUUGGAGAUUGUCGUAGACAAAUGCUUAGAAACCCUAUCUGAUUCAGCUCUCUUGUUGUCUUUCCUUAUGUUUACUUUAUUGUUUUUUUCCUCAGGGCUUUUGUUAGGGGAUGAUGGUUGUGUUGUCCAGGAGCAGGGAGGGACAGGGUUUUGUGUUUUGUCGUCAGCUUUCCAGCAGUAUUUGCUGUCACGUUCUCACUUACAGUAUUUGUGGCAGCUAAAUGUUUCCCAAGAAGCUAAAAGAAAGAUUUUAAGAAGAAUAUUUCACGAAAAUGAUCUCUUAUAUCCGCUCUGUCCUGCUACACAUAUACUGAAGACUGUUAAAAUAAGUAAGUCGAUCCUCAACAUCAAGGCACUGUAUUACAGUAAAAGCCUCUUCUUCUUUAAAAUAAUCUAAUGUUACUAUCCCACCACUGCUUAUUGCAUAUCUUACACACCUACGCAGUGGCUUAGCCCUAAACAACCAUCAUUGUGAAACAUGCAUACGAACGCACACUCGUCUCUCCCUCAUUUAAGUCUCUUUCGUUGUACUGACUGCUGUACACAACAUUCCUAAGCAAUAUUUGAGCUUUUUUUUUGUUAAUCAUUUGUAAAAUGGUCAUAAUUCAGUGAUUUUAAAAUUGUGAAACUGCCAAGUAGUUGGUAUUACAAAGAGGAUGUUAGUGUUUUGGACAAGGGAAGUUGUCUUUUUUGUGUGUAUUCAGGACUAUAUGGCCACAAAUUGAAAGUUUGUGUUUUUCCUUUUAAUUUAAAAAGAAAUCAUGGUUGUUAUUUCUAGUAUGAUUUAUAUAUUUUCCCCUUCCUAUUUAAUACCUUCAGAUGUUUUUUUUUCCUUUAGGAUUUUUCAAAGCCCCUCAAAACUGCUGUUUACAUUAAAGAUUUAAGAACUGUAACUAC